AUGAAUUCAAUUCGCAAACGUCCACGUGAUUCAUAUGAUCAAACGGAUCUACAGACUCACACAGCUCGUUUAACAGACCGAAUAAAUAAACAUCAAUUACAUAAUUACGGUUCGGCUAUUGAUGUUUAUGAUGCGGUUGCUCGAACGUUACUGCCUUAUUGGGAGUACAACGAACGUUAUAAAAUCAAAAUUUCCAAACAAUUACGAUUGGAGAAUUCUGGCAUCACUAAUGUUGCACAUCACGUUCGUGCACAAUUACAAACCCUACACAACGAAGAAAAAAGUUCCACUGUAAACAUUUGUAGUAUUGAUUUAACGAAUGGUGCGGCGUCAGUUUAUUUAGAAAAUUGUAGUCAUGGACGGACAUUGCAGAUUUUAGCGAAUCUACUGGGAAUUGAAAUACGUCUAGUAACAUCAUAUGUUUACGAAGAAGUUAUUUCAAUUAUUCCAGCUGAUUUACUCGAAGUUCAACCAUUGUAUAUCGCAUUUAAUGAUGUUUCCAAGCAAUUUUACAUGCUCGAUAAGCCAGCAAAUGUAAAACGCGAUGAUUUAUUACAGCAUCAACAGACACUCGAUCACCUCAUCCAAAAAUACAAUUUAAUUCCUACUGUUCUUCCUCCGACCAAUGGCCGUUGUCUAUCGCUGUUCUUAUGCAUUGCACAGAUAUUUAAAUCCAGUACAGCUGAUUUCCUUGAUACGACAGCAUUAGCAAAUCAAAUCCGCGAUGCUACUCAUCAACAACUUACAUCGAAUUUUGAUCUCUAUCAAUCCUACAUUCUUCCAUCUUUGUCUACAAAGUCCAACGAAGUCGACAUCCGUCGCGAUAGCGAAUAUCUUGUAGAAUCGAAUUAUUACCGUUGUCAAAUGGAACGACCUAUUUUACAUGCACUUGCUCAUGUACUUCAAUGCAAUUUGGUGAUAUUUUCAUCGACAUCGUUGCAACAAGCACCGGAAAUGAUUGAUGCGGAAGUGAAUCAUCGACCUAAUGGUAAUGAUCAAGUAAUUGUCCUAAUGAAAAAUGAAUCUACGCAAAGAUUUUCAAGUGCUCGAACAACAUAUCCAUUAAAUCAUUUAUUCAUGCGCAAAGAUGUUUCUGAAAAUCAAAUGGAUGCUAUCUAUGAAUCGAUCGACCAUUCACCACUGUUCGAUCCAAAGAAUAAGUCAACGAACUCGUCAUCAUCGUCAGCAAAUACUUUUUUUAGUAAAACAAAAGAUAAAUUUGUUACAGCUGUCAAUAAAUUAGUGGAUAACUAUGGUAAUUUACCUAAAAAGCAAACGUACGUGAAUACGCCUCAAAGCAAAUCAAAUAAUAGCAAUAACAAUAACAAUCAGAAUCAUAACGAACAAACCGUACCUGUAUCACCUAAUGAACAGAAGCCAUCAAGUACGAAACGUCAAGCACCAUUAGCUGAACACAUUCUUCGUCGACAAGAAGAAACGCGUCAAAACAAUCAGCAACCAUCGGAUCCGAAGUACGAAAAUACAACGAAUAUUCUUCCCACGCAGACUCCUAAUCGAUCAUCAAUAUCAUCAUCAACAACGAAUUCAGCCAAAAAUUCUCAACCUUCAUCACCAAACAAACGUCAAUUACGUCCUGUUCCUUAUAAAGAUCGACAAAGAACCUCCGCGAAAAUGGGUACGUCAAAAACAACGAUGAAUCAAAAUGUUUUCAACGGUGUUACCAUCGAAGAUGUUGAUGAAAGUACAACAGCCGAUGAAGCAAAUAACGAUGAUGAAUAUGAUUCAUUUAGUGACGAGGCUGGAGGAGGCCUACAAACUGCUAUUCUUAAGGAACGAAAGAAAAAAAGCAACUCAGCAACCUCACCAAACAAUGUUAACUUAGGAUCAACAGCAAAAAAACUACCGCGCGAUUAUCAACCGAAGAAGUCAGCACCUUAUCGUUUUGAUCGUGAGUCAUUAAAGCGACAGCAACAAAGUUAUGUCACCGCUGAUGAAGAUCUCUAUGAGAAUGACCGACAACGAGAUGAUCUCAACCGUGAAGAUGAUAUCUACCUAUCAACGUCUGAUAUUGUUCAACGAGAUCGAAAACAAUUGCAACUAUUCGUCAAUGGUCGAACAAAUAAUAAAUCCCAUUCAUCAUCAACUCAUCAACAUUCACAGCAACAUAACCACUUAGAACGUAAAGGAUCAACACCAAAAGCUACAUCAACAAGUACAAAUGCGAACGAUCGUCAAUCGUUCCUGAUUGACAAAGAUGCCGUGCUCGAAGUGUUAGGCCAUAACAUUGCUCAACGUGAUCGUCACAUUCUAAUGAAAGUCCUCAAACAGGAAGAUCUCGUUUCCAAAGAAUGGCAACGUUUAUUAUUUCUCUUAGACGAAUAUGUCAAUAAUCCGAAAAAAGAAAAGAAAGAACGUGGCUUACAUGCAUUAACAUUGAUGGAAAAUCUCGAUCGACUUGGAUAUGACAUGCUCGAAAUACAGUCAACUGGUCCAAAUCAUUUUAAAGCGGUUGCUAAAGCAAUUCUAUUAAUUAUCGAAAUAAACGAUUGGUUUAGCGAUCAUAUUUGUCGAGUAUUACAUUUAAAUGGACCCAAUGAUCCUCGUAUGGUACGUCAUCUAAGAAAGUUAUGUUUGCGAGAAUGGUCCAGAAAUGCAGAUGAAUAUCGGACGGUGUUCGCACAGCAUAACAAUGCACAACAGCAGCAGCAGCAACAACAACAACAACAACAACAGCAGCAGCAACAGCGUGUAACAUUGGAUUUAACUCGAGAAAUUGAACGAUUUCGUUCCGAAGAUUACUACCGUGCUGAUAUGUGUGCAUUAGUCAAUCAAGCUCUGGCAACAGGAUUGGCCAUACCGAUCCAUGUCGUGCGAGCUGUACGUGAACCAAAUAAUUCGCUAGAAAUCUUCGUGCCUAUGCGUGGUAUAGCACGUCCUGGUCUAGCUAUUGUGCUAAUUGCCAGUCAUUCAAAUGCUGGUGAUGGACAUUAUGAUGUCGCCGUACUUAAAGGACACCCUCAAACUUUACGUAAACAUCGAAAUGUUACAUUUGAUGAUAAACCUGAAGUUCGCUCAUUUGAAACAAGUGCCGAAGAACAAUCACAAGCAGUUUUGAAAAGUAUAGCAUUGAAUAACAAUUCUACGGUACCACCUCCUCAACAGCAACCGCCACUACCACAGCAGCAACAACCGGCAAUGUUGAAUCCUAAUCUGAUAGCUGCACAUCAAGCUCAAUUCUUCGGUAAUCCAUUUAUGUAUUCACCAUUUACGUUCGCACCUCCGCAGCCGCCUCCUUCUCAACCGCAACCACCUCCACAACAGCAGCCUGCUCCAAGUUCACCAUCCCUUCAUCGCGGUUCCAACAAUAACAAUAUGAAUAAUAACAAUAAUCAAGCAAAAGCUAAUCUCACCGGUAAUCCUAAUUCAACUACACCUCCAACAUCCAUGAUGUUGCAGCCGCAAAUGCCGUUUCUCCAAAUGCAACCAGCUCAGCCCGCAUUUGUCUACACACCAUUGAUCCAUACAGCCCAACAGCCAGCGCCGACGAAUUCAGAGUCAUUGACACCAUCGUUGCUUCCGAAUCAAAAGAAACCGUCAUUACCCAAUCAAAAGAAACGUCGUACGACGGGCACGCACAUGUCGUGGAGAUAUUUUGAAAACCAUGAUUCGUCAAAACAUAUCAUCGAAUAUAGAAUCAAUGCAAGAACUUCAUCUAAAAAAGAAAAUUAUAUCAAGAAUAUGUUAACACGUUAUGUUAGUCUUCAAGAUUUUAUUCUACAUAAAUUCUUCGGUUUGAAACCUACCGUCGAAGGAAACUGCAUGAAUUCCAAAUUACAUGUUUUACUAGCAGAAAUUUCUGCUGCACAAGCAGCUGGAUUACAACAACCAAAUCAUCAUCAAUUUCGUUUAGUACCAAAUCUCUUCUCAUAUCACGUUCCAGCUGGUACGAAUCAUUAUGUCAUUUGGUUUCUCUUGCAUGGAAACGAAACUAGAGAUCCAACGACACAUUCUCCAUUGAGCUAUGAUGAAAUCACUGCAAGUAUCGAAGUUGGAUUAAAACAAUUACUUGGUCCUACUAAAGAUCAGUUCUCUUUCGUUUGGUAUCCCAAUCCGAAACCAACAAUUAUUUCAGAUAUUCUCUAUCAUGUGCAAGUCUUUUGGAUACCUGAAUAA